UCACAACUCACAAGGCGCACGCAUGCCCGCCGCCGCCGACCUCACCACCUCGAUCGGCCUCCCCGCUGGGGGCUGGACACGUAUCGUAGACGUGUCACCAUACAACCACGGGCAACGCGCGCCCACUGCUAAAAAAAGCUACGAGGGGGAGCACGUCUCCACGUGCGUACCCGUGGUGCAUGCGCGGCAAUUCGUUGAUCUCCGAAUCUCUGCCGUCGGUCUCCACACCCCUGAACGUCUGUCUGCGAGUCCAUGGCCGAAGUCGACGCCAGGGCCACGGGCGCCGACGAGGGCCGCGGCGGCGUCGAGAAAGACGGGCAGCCGCCGGCGGCGGCGGGGCGCGCGACCAUAUCCGUGACGGUCGUCCUGCUGGCGCUGCUGGUGGCCUCCGUCGCGGCGUUCCUGACGUCGUCGUUGCCGCGCGCCGGCGACGGCGUCGGCAAGGGGGUGCAGGAGGGAGGUGCCGGCAGCGGCGGGGCGGGGGAGGUAGUAGGAGGGAAGCGCGCGGAGCCCGUGGAGCAUGCGGUCGGCGACGGCAUCGGCAUCCCGGGGUUCAACAGCCGGCUGGACGCGUUCCGCGCCUGGGCGGCGCUGACGUGGAUGAAGCUCCGGCGGCCGCCGCGCUCCGACGAGCCACGAUACGACGACGAUGCCGCCGCCGCCGACGGGAGCGCCGGCUCUGUGGCGGACGCCGCGAAGAGGAGCUUCGAGAUGGGCAAGGAGACGGUGGAGCAGGCGGCGGAGGCCACAGCCAGCGCCACGUGGGACGCCGCGGAGACGGCCAAGGAAAAGGUGAAGACGGCCAAGGAAAAGGUGAAGGGAGCAGCCUCGCCGCCCGACGGUGCUGAACUCUGAGCACAGCAGACCAUGCCGCGUUCAAAUUGCUUUUGUGUUUCUGUAGCAUGAUGAUGUAAAAACACUGUACCGCACAUGUCCGAUGUAUGUACACGAGUCUUUCCCUACCGUGACUAGUCUAGUGUCCCAGGGCUCAGUGCAUAGCUCUACUACGGAGUAUGUUGGCUCUAUCUCCAGUCUCCACCUUCAGAGGAAGGUCAUCAAACCUCUGGCAGACAUGAAAAAGCGACAGAUGCGGAACAUGACAGAAAUCAAAUAAACGCACGGUAGCAAAAGCUACUACACCACUUUCCA